UACCCAUCUGGGAGAAGUCCCUCCGCCGCAUGUAGAGCGGACUGAACGGCAGCAGAGCGCCUCACAGUCAGUCAGUCAGUCAGUCUUCUGGAGACACAGAGAGAGCGGCUGCAGCGGCUUUCCUCCUGUCUUCAACCUUCACAGGUAUCUAUCUCACUGCCGUCCACGCCAGAAACAAGUCACCUGGAUUUAAAAUAAGAACAACAAAGACUUUUCCCCGACGUGCUCUCCCUCCACUCGAUGUGAAAGAAGACCAGAGAGGCUGAAGAAAAGGAGAGACAACCAGAAGAGACAUGGGAGCGUUCAGAGUACUGCUGGGGAGUUUACAUUACAUGGGACUCUACAUGCAACUUAGUGGCUCCACGAGGCACGCUGGACACGGAGAGGUGGAGAACCACAUCUCCGGGAACGCCAUGUUCACAGAGGUGCCUCAUGACAUGACUGCUCAGAAAGGUCAGGACGUGGAGAUGGCCUGCUCCUUCAGAGGGGCGGGAACGCCCUCGUAUUCACUGGAGAUCCAGUGGUGGUACAUCAGGAACCAUCUGGACUGGACGGACAACCAGCCCUGGACGACCAAUGAAGUGGCUCCUGAGGAAGACAUGCCAAAGGAUGCUACAAAGAUAAGUGUUGUGAAGGUUGUAGGAAGCAACAUCUCCCAUAAACUCCGCCUCUCCCGGGUCAAGCCGUCUGACGAGGGCACCUACGAGUGCCGUGUCAUCGACUUCAGCGAUGACGUGGGUUCCCGCCACCACCGCGUCAGAGCCUACCUGCAGGUGGUGCCGGAGAGCGGCGUCGUCGUCAACAGUAAUCGCAACGACAACUUCGAGGCGCUGGACGAUACCAAAGGAGGAGCGGCAUUCGUCGACGGGGACGGCGCAGAGUCUCACGGCGGCACCAAAGAGCACGCUCACGCCCAUCACCAGAAUCAUGGGCACCACCAGGAGCACGGCAAGCGGCCCUCGUCGACGGCUCACCACGGCCACAGCCAUGGCGGCGGCGGCGGCGGCAGCAGCAGUCAGCAGCAAAAGGCAGGCAGAGAGCUGAGGAAGAGGGACGCGGACAGUAACCACAGCCACAAUGACUGCACCAACGAGCCGAGCUGUGCGCCGUAGACGUUGGGCUUAUUCCACCUGAGUGAUAGAUUACACAAGGAUUGCAUAACAUGAUGUGUGUCACGGUAUAAAAAGCUAUUCUUCCCACACAGUGCGAGCGUGUGCACAAAUCCAGAAUCCCUAGAAAUGUACAGUAUGGCUUGUUCGGAGCACAGCGCUGUAAACUGUGCUGGGGAGUGUAGCUUUUUUCUUGCUGUGCAUGGGUCUGGGUUGGACUGCUCUGUCUGUAAAGCCUGGCUUCACAGCAUUCAGCAAGGGGGACUGAUGUGUAGAUCUAAGCAGCUCCACUGUUUCUGGUCUCAGCACCGACAAAAAAAAAGACUUACUAUUAACCCAUGCUCUGUUCCACUCUUGUACUUUAGAUACUGUAAAUGACACAACCCAGCUUUCAGGCUCAUACUUCUUCCACUGCCUUACUCUCUCAUUUGAUACACCCUCAGAAUAAAGUACGAUAUUAUACCUUUUGUAACUGGGUCGAAGCGCAGUAAAAGAAAAUGUUCCUUUUUAUUCUGAGAGUGCACCGAGUGAAACUAAACCGUCAGUAAUUCUUCCCUGGAAAUCUUGUAGAGUCUGAUUCCUUAGCUUUUUACAUAGCUUCAUCGCAUCUUUUUGUUAGUUCAAAUAAUGAACAUGAAUAUGGUGCAAAAUCUGUAUGCACCUGCAAUUUGUUCUGUGUUUACUCGCAGGGGGGGAAAGAAACAUGCUUUCUUCAGCAGAAACUCAUCAAGGUCCCAGAGCAGCAGUGCUCAUCAAGGACAGGUAUGGCCUCAAUUCAUUUGAGUUGGAGUAAAUACAGUGGCUUUUUUCCCCCCACAUUUGUGCACAAUUCAAACAAAGCACAUCACGGGGCUUUACUUUCCCCACAGCACGUUUUAGCUCAUAAAUUUUCAGCCCAACAGAAAAUAUGUUUUUUGUUCUGCCUUUGUGCUACAGGUUUAAAUCCGUUCAUGGCUGUUCAAGCUGAGAGAAAUCAAUCGUGUUGUUCCAUGUGGACCCCACCUGUUUGGAAAGCCAUGAAAAGAUCAAAUCUGUGCCACUAAAUAAAAAACAAA